GCCCGCGGCUUCACAUACAGCUUCGACACACGUUUCAGAGCUUCGGGGGUCGAUGAAAGGUGUCUCAGAGACGGCGGUUCGCUGCUUUACUUACCUGUUUUCUGGUUAAAUGGCUGCUGUCCUCAAGAGCUCCGCUGUCUGGCGCUUUGUCCGACUGUCCAGGUCCCUCAGACUGUCUGCAGCUUCGAGUGUGAAGAUCCACACCACUGUUUCUCCACAGAUGGGUGUGACGAUGGAACAAUUUGAGGAGGCAAAGAGCAAACUGUCCACACUGAAGGACGACCCAGGAAACGAGGUCAAACUAAAAAUCUACGCUCUCUUCAAACAGGCCAUUCAGGGUCCCUGUAAUACUCCCAAACCCGGGAUCCUGGACUUUGUCAACAAGGCCAAAUGGGAUGCAUGGAAAUCUCUGGGCUCCAUCUCACAGGACGAUGCCCGGCAGCAGUACUGUGAUCUCAUUGGUUCUCUGGUGGCUGCUGAGGGAACAGACUCCACCCACGUUGCAGCCCAGUCCACAGGAAGCGGGACCAACUACAACACGCUGUUGGUGACAACUGAAGACAGCAUCACCACCAUCAAACUGAACCGACCGGGCAAAAAGAAUGCCAUCACCACUGAGAUGUACAGUGAAAUCAUCAAUGCUCUGGAGCAGGCGGCGAGAGAUGACUCCGUCCUCACCGUGUUUACUGGUGCUGGUGAUUUCUAUUGCAGUGGAAACGACUUAACCAACUUCACCAAAAUCCCUGAAGGCGGUGUGGAGAAGAUGGCCAGAGAGGCCGGAGCUCUGCUCAGAAAGUACGUGAAUGCUUACAUCGACUUCCCCAAGCCGCUCGUGGCCGUGGUGAACGGACCAGCAGUGGGAAUCUCUGUCACAGUACUGGGACUGUUUGACUUGGUCUAUGCUACUGAGCGGGCCACCUUUCACACGCCAUUCAGCCAGCUGGGUCAGAGUCCUGAAGGCUGCUCGUCCUACACCUUCCCCAGAAUAAUGGGUGUCGCCAAGGCCAGUGAGAUGCUGCUGUUCAAUAAGAAGCUGACGGCGGUUCAAGCGUGUGACCUGGGUCUGGUGACGGAGGUUUUCCCUGACAGCAGCUUCCAGUCGGAGGUUUGGACCAGACUGAAGACGUACGCCAAGCUGCCUCGCAACUCUGUCGCUCUGUCUAAGCAGCUGAUUCGCUCGCUGCAGAAGGAGCGUCUCCACAGCACCAACGACGCCGAGGUGGAGCGUCUGAUUGAGCGCUGGACGUCUGACGAGUGCUUCAAUGCCGUCAUGAGCUUCUUCCAGGCCAAGUCCAAGCUAUGAGAUCGGAAACAUGGAGCAUUUCCCUAAAGUCGUCACAGUGGGGGGGGGGGGCACACUUUAACAGCAAAAAAUAGGAAGUGGCUCACGUUCACUGUCACAAGCCAGUUUUUACUGGUUGUAUUUGUACGACUUUAUUAGCGGCUGAGCAUCAACUAUCUCACUUUUAAUUACGAGCUCAUGUGCACAUGCUGCAGUUUACAUUUUGUCAGUAUCACGUUUAUACACGACCUCAGAAGUAACAUCUGUAAACUGCACGUAAGAACAUGACCACUGGGGAGGCAGCACAUACAGAUAAUUCAGCUCUAAUCUGCCCCCUGGUGGUGAAGCGCCUGAGGUUGUUGUGCGCUCAGCAGGACGCUCUGAAGGAUGGUGCCAAAAUCCCCAUU